AUGCCUGGUCGGAAGCGCGCUGCGUCGCCCUCGGGUGGUGCGUCCGCCGUGAAGAAGACAAAGAAGAAAAAGCUGCUCGUCAUAUUGCAUGUCGUCUAUCGCCCCGGUAUCUUUCCUUUCCUUCGCCUUCCCGCCGAGAUCAGGAACAUGAUUUACCACUAUGUCUUCUACGGAACAGCCACGAUACAGCAGAAGAAGGGUCAGGUGCCUGUAGGGAGGGAGCGGAACAUUUCUAAAUGCCCGAAGAAGCCACCAAUGGACAGUCCGAAUCUCAGCUUACUAUACGUGUCUUGUCAGCUCCAUCACGAGACCGCCCUGCUCCCGUACAUGCUCACGAUAUUCUACAUUUAUAUCUGGUCGUUUGGAUUCGGCCUUCGCUGGGCCCUCGCGUCGUUCUUGAAGAGGUCUGGUACGCAAAUCGAGGCACUCUCCAACUUGAGGGUUUGCCACUGGUCGUGGGUGGAAAGCACCUGGGUGAAGAGGUCCGGCAACGGAUCGUACUGGAUGGAGAUGCUGGGUCUCGCUGAGCCUUCCUCUAAGCGAUUAUCCAAGUAG